UGUAACUUCCACUUUCUCUUCUUUACAUUCCCCACAUUCCUCAUUUAUAUACUCCUCUUUCUUCUCCACUUUCCUUCAUCCCUCUCCGCUGUUGCCUUCUCUCAGGACAAAACCACAGAAAGAGAUGAAACUUCAUAUGAUUUUCUUGUUUGGUAUUUGGCUGACGCUGCUGUGCUCUUCACCCGUAUGUGCUCGAACUGCUGCUAAGCCUCCUGCAGCUAGUCCGAUUCCUGCACCGGUACCAGCCCCAGCACCUGCACCAGCUGGCGAUCAUGUUGACCUUGCUGAUUUGCUUACAGUAGCUGGUCCCUUCCACAAGUUCCUUGGCUACCUCGAAUCCACCAAAGUCAUUGAGACCUUCCAAAAGCAAGCCAACAAUUCUGAAGAGGGAAUUACUAUAUUUGUACCAAAAGAUACUGCGUUUUCAUCUCUUAAAAAGCCUUCUCUGUCCAAUCUCACCAAGGACCAGCGCAAGUCACUGUUACUCUUUCAUGGCUUACCACAUUACUAUACUUUAGCUGACUUCAACGAACUAAGCCAAAAGAGUCCGAUUACAACAUUUGCCGGUGAGCAGUACACUUUGAAUUUUACUGAUGCAUCUGGCACUAUCCACAUAAGCUCAGGUUGGACCAACACAAAAGUGAGUAGCAGCGUGCUUUCGACCGAUCCUGUUGCAGUUUACCAAGUUGAUCACGUACUCCUUCCAGAGGCAAUCUUUGGAACUGAUUUCCCUCCUGCCCCAGCUCCAGUACCGACCCCUGACGUUGCUCCUGCUGCUGAUACUCCAUCUGCUGAAACUGAGGGCAGUGUUUCUCCAUCAUCGACGGAGUCACCAUCUUCUUCCUUUAGGGUUGGUGGAGGGGUACUCUGGAUCCAGUUGGUUUUAGCAAUUUCAGGUGGACUGCUCCUAUUUUAGUGAGGAAGGAUAAAGAUGAACUAUUUUCGCUACAGUUUAUGUCUUUCAAUUUUGUUCAAUGCAAUGUUGUGAAGCUAGUAUGUUCCUAUUCUUUAAUGCAAUGGCGUACAACGGUUUUGUUAGUUCCA